AUGAUCAAUCCAGUCAACUUUGGACCGGCAAUCAUCAAACGCUUCAUGGCACCCGACGUGCCAGGCCUUAAAACGUUCAAGACAUCGCCAUCGCUAUGUUUCCUUCUAGAGCAUCCUUCAGGACGCAAGUUGAUGUGGGACUUGGGGAUUAGGAAAGACUACUGCAACUAUGCACCGUCCAUCGCUAAUUAUUUACCAUCAACAAGGUACAAGAUUGAGAUUACAAAGAACGUCGUGGACAUACUUAGAGAGAAUGGGGUUUCACCACAUGAUAUAGAGGGAAUAAUAUGGAGCCACUGGCACUGGGAUCAUAUAGGCGACCCGUCAACUUUCCCUGUGACUACGGACUUAAUUGUCGGGCCUGGAUUCAAAGAUGCGAUGCUUCCCGGGGCCCCUGCAAAUCCUGAAUCUCCUAUUCUUGAAAUGGAUUAUGUCGGUCGAACAUUAAGAGAGAUCUCUUUCGAAGGGUCCCAGACCCUCCGCAUUGGGGGUUUUCCGGCCUUUGAUUACUUUGGCGAUGGCUCUUUCUACGUCCUGGACAGCCCAGGACAUGCUAUUGGACACUUAUGUGGCCUUGCUCGAACCACCCCAGAUACUUUCAUACUUCUCGGCGGUGACAUUUGUCAUUAUGCGGGAAUAUUCAGGCCUUCGAAAUAUCUGCCGAUUCCUAACUCAAUAUCACCACAUCCUUGCAGACCCCAAGAAAGGUCUUCGCUAUGCCCUGGGAGCGCAUGGGAAGAACUCCAGACAUCCAGAGGAAGACAGCAAACUGAUGCGCUUUUUGACGCAACGUUUGGACUGAACCUGCCGCAAGCCAAAAGGACUGUCGAACAUCUCCAAGAGCUAGAUUGCAACGAGAAUGUGUUCGUCAUAGUCGCACAUGACUCCACUGUUCGGGACUGUGUGCCUCAAUUCCCGGCGAGUCUCAAUGAUUGGAAGAUUGAAGGCUGGGGGCAGAGAGUAAGGUGGGCUUUUCUCCGCGAUCUCGAAUCAUAUUGGAGAUCGAAAGGACUUUAA